AUGGCUGAUCAGAAUCAAAUCCCACCACCUGCAACUGACGCAGACGCUGCUGCCGCUGCCGCUGCCAAGAAGGCUAAGAAUGAAGCCAAAAAUGAAGAGAAGCGUCGUGCUAAAUUGGCAAAGUUAGCAGCCAAGCAAGCCAAGCUUGCAGCACAAAAGGAAAAAGAAGCUGCUUCUCCCAGUGAAAAGAAAAAGAAGAAGGCUGCCAAGGCUGCUGAACAGGCUGUUUUCGUGAACAAGACCCCCAAGGGUGAAAAGAAAGAUAUGUCCGAGCCUAUGGCCAAUGCCUACGAUCCUCGUGCAGUCGAAUCAGCUUGGUACGAUUGGUGGAUGAAGGAAGGAUACUUUAAGCCUGAAUUGACAGAGGAUGGUGAAAUCAAGCCCGAAGGUGCCUUUGUCAUCCCUGCUCCUCCUCCAAAUGUCACUGGUUCGCUUCACAUCGGUCACGCUUUGACCGUUGCUAUCCAAGAUGCUUUGAUUCGAUGGAACCGCAUGUUGGGCAAGACCGUGUUGUUCAAUCCUGGUACUGAUCACGCUGGUAUCUCUUGUCAAUCGGUUGUGGAGAAGAAGCUUUGGAAUGAACAAAAGAAGACUCGCCAUGAUUUCAGCCGUGAAGACUUUAUUGCCGAAGUGUGGAAGUGGAAAGAGAAAUAUGGCAACCGCAUCCAUGAACAAUUCCACCGAUUGGCUGCUUCAUAUGAUUGGGAUCGUGUCGCUUUCACCAUGGAUCCCAAAUUGUCUAAGGCUGUGACUGAAAACUUUGUGCGUUUGCAUCGUGAUGGUACCAUUUAUCGUGCCAAUCGUCUCAUCAACUGGUGUGUGCGCUUGAACACUGCCUUGUCCAAUCUUGAAGUCGAGAACAAGGAAAUCCCUGGUCGCACCAUGAUGAGCGUCCCUGGUUAUGAUCCCAAGGAGAAAUUCGAGUUUGGUGUCUUGAACGAGUUUGCAUACGUUGUUGAAGAAUCGGAUGAGCGUUUGAUUGUUGCCACCACUCGUAUUGAAACCAUGUUGGGUGAUACCGCUGUUGCUGUCCAUCCUGAUGACGAACGCUACAAGCACUUGCACGGCAAAUACGUUGUUCAUCCCUUCUUGGAUCGUCGUCUCCCCAUUGUCACCGAUGAUAUUGCUGUUGAUAUGGCCUUUGGUACUGGUGCUGUCAAGAUCACUCCUGGUCACGAUUUCAACGAUUUUGAAGUUGGCAAGCGUCACAAGCUCGAGAUCAUCGAUCUCAUGAAUGAUGAUGGUACCUACAAUGAAGCUGCUGGUCCAUACAAGGGCAUGAAGCGUUUCCAUAUCCGUAAGCAAAUUGUCGAGGACCUCAAGGCUAAGGGCUUGUUCGUUGGUGUCAAGGAAAACCCAAUGACUGUUCCUGUUUGCAGCAAGUCCGGUGAUAUCAUCGAACCUAUCAUGAAGCCACAAUGGUGGGUCAACUGUAAGCCCAUGGCUGAAGCUGCUGUGGAGGCUGUUAAGAAGGGUGAAUUGAAGAUUGCACCCAAGGUCUCUGAAGGCGAUUGGUUCCGCUGGCUCGAAAACAUCCAAGAUUGGUGUAUCUCUCGUCAAUUGUGGUGGGGUCAUCGUGUUCCUGCAUACUAUGUCAAGAUCGAAGGUGAACCUGUUGACUACACUAGCAAUGAUCACUGGGUGAGUGGUCGUGAUGAAGCCGAUGCUAGAGCACAAGCCGAGAUCAAGUUCCCUGGCAAGACUUUCACCUUGGAGCAAGAUCCUGAUGUCCUUGACACUUGGUUCUCUUCUGGUUUGUGGCCUUUCUCUAUCAUGGGUUGGCCCGAUAAGACCGCAGACUUUGAAAAGUUCUACCCUGCAUCCUUGUUGGAGACUGGUUGGGAUAUUCUCUUCUUCUGGGUCGCUCGUAUGGUCAUGCUUGGUAUCAAGCUUACUGGCAAGGUGCCAUUCUCUGAAGUCUUUUGCCAUGCCAUGAUUCGUGAUGCUCACGGUCGCAAGAUGUCAAAGUCACUUGGCAACGUUAUCGAUCCUGUUGACGUUAUUGAAGGUAUCAACCUUGAAGGUCUUCACGCAAAGUUGUACGAGGGUAACCUUGAUCCCCGUGAAAUUGAAAAGGCAAAGGCUGGUCAAAAAGCCGAUUUCCCCAAGGGUAUCCCUCAAUGUGGUACCGAUGCCUUGCGCUUCGCCCUUUGUGCUUAUACCACUGGUGGUCGUGAUAUCAACUUGGAUAUUCUCCGUGUUGAAGGUUACCGCAAGUUCUGUAACAAGAUUUGGAACGCCACUCGCUUUGCUUUGAUGAAGCUUGGUGAUGACUUUAAGCCAAGUGCUAGUGCCGAGAUGUCGGGCGAUGAAUCUCUUGCAGACAAGUGGAUCUUGGCCAAGCUCAACAACGCUGCCAAGGAAGCUAACAAGGCAUUGGCCGAACGCAGCUUUAUGUCAGCAACCAAUGCUAUUCACCAAUAUUGGUUAUACGACUUGUGUGAUGUGUACAUUGAAGCGAUCAAGCCCAUUUGCGAUUCUACUGACGAAGCCAUGGCAACCAAGAAGCGUACCGCACAAAAUACCUUGUACACUGCUUUGGAGGGUGGUUUGAAGUUGCUUCAUCCAUUCAUGCCAUUUGUCACUGAAGAAUUGUAUCAACGUUUGGGACGCCGACCUGGUGACAAGGUUGAAAGUAUUGUCAAGGCCAAGUACCCAGUUGAGAACACCUCCUAUGCCAAUGAACAAGCUGAAAAGUCGUUCGAUGAUGUGUUCGAGGUUGUCAAGACCAUUCGUAGUUUGGCUGUUCAAGAAAACAAAAAGAAGGAUGGUGUUGUCUUUAUUCAAUCUGAGAAUAGCGAUUUGGUCAAGUUGCUUCAAAGCGAACAACUCGCUGUCCAGACUUUGGCCAAGGGUAUGAAGGAGGUGACAGUGCUUGCUGCUGACGACAAGCAAGUUCCUGAGGAUUGCAGCUCUGCUAAGGGUUUGAAGGAUACUGUUACUGUAUACUUGAAAAAGUAA